CCACUCAUUAUAUAGAUAGAAGGGAUAUUCCCAUAUUCCUACAUUCCAUAUACUCAUUAAUCCAUUUCAUUGACUUCCUACCUUUGUAUAAGCCUGUCAGCUGCUGCCCAACAGUCAUGAGCCCAGUUGUCUUUCGGACCACUGGAUGCUCUCAAUAGCUUCGCACAGUCAAUACCCCUGACCUAUCGGUAUCACCAGCAACCCAGGUAGGCUCCUGGUCAAUCCUCGAGUAUCCAUCCUGUUGUCCAGCUGCAAGACAUAACAGCCAGUCAAUAUGUCUACCAAUCAGUCAACUAUUCGUCUGAAAGGUCAAUCUGACUGGCCAGACUGGUACACCUUCAUCAGGAUGAACGCCAAGUCGAAUGGGGUAUGGCAGUUCUGUGACCCAGACUCUGAUGAGGUCCUUUGUCAACCUAUCAGACCUAACAGACCUGCCAACCCAACCACCGAGCAGAUUACUCUAUUCGAAGCAGAUAGUAGAGUAUAUGUUGAAGAGCUCAAGCAGUAUGAGCGCAGGACUCAUGCGCUUCAGAAAACCAUGAGGGACAUCACUACUAUCAUCGAGAUGACCAUGCUGUCCUGGCUAGUAGACGCUGAUACCCCUCGUGUAGCACUGAGAUGUCUGAAAAACAGAUAUCAGCGAACUCCUGAGGCAGAAAAGAUGCUUGCCUACAGGACCUAUAGGGACCACUUGACCAGAAUAAAGAGGUCUAACACGCGCCGAGAAGC